UUAUCUUCCAAAACUUCCAUCCCCUGCUUUCAGAAGUGGAGAAAAAAAUCCGUUCUUUACUUUCUGCAUUUCCCUUCCUUUCCUCUCCCGCCAUGCCAUUACUUCAAUCGAACUCGCUUCCGCUCGCUCUCGGCCCUCUUCCAAUUCGAACCCAUCUCAACAUUCCCAAUCCUUGUCGCUUACGGAUUUACCAAGCGCCGCGAAUACUCUGCGCCGCCACGAGGAAGCGGACUGGGAAGCAGCGGUACCCUUCCGAGAAGAAGAAGCUGAAGCAGAAGCACAAAGACACUCUCCGCGAAGUUGAGAACAAGUUUGAGGGUAUCUGGCGGCUUUCGAAGCUCGCCGUCCCUAUUCAGGACGAUCCCGGGAAGGACUUCACUGGUGUCUCCGAUGGGUUACUUCGAGAAAUUGCUAAAGCCAUUAAAUUCCCGGUCGCUUCAAUGCUGCCUGCAGAAGCGUUUUCGGUAAUUAGGAAGUCGUUUGAUGCAAGGAAGAUUCUUAAAGAGCCGAAGUUUGUUUACACAGUUGACAUGGAUGUCAGUAAGCUUGUCGAUUUAGAGCCUCGUACUCAAGAUUUCAUAUCCGACUUAACCUUGAGAGUUGGACUUAUAGAUCAUAUCACUCAAGGACGAGUGACGGGCGACCUGAUUAGUAUAAUAAGGGAUGCUAGAAAAGGAGAGGAGGUACAGGCAUCUUCUGGAUGUGGAGAUCAUGAUAAUGGUUCCAGUAAUGGAUCUUCAGGCUUGGUCAAGUGUGGAAGUCGAAAAGACAGGCCGAGAAUUGCAGUUGUUGGUGGCGGUCCUUCUGGCUUGUUUGCUUCUCUUGUUCUUGCUGAGCUUGGUGCAGAUGUUACCUUAAUGGAAAGAGGUCAGCCUGUUGAGCAAAGGGGUCGUGACAUUGGUGCUUUGGUCGUUCGCAGGAUCUUGGAAUCUGAAAGCAACUUUUGCUUUGGCGAGGGUGGCGCAGGUACUUGGAGUGAUGGGAAGCUAGUGACGAGAAUUGGAAGGAACAGCGAUAGUGUCUUAGCUGCUAUGAAAACUCUGGUUCACUUUGGGGCUCCUAAUAACAUAUUAGUCGAUGGGAAGCCCCAUUUAGGAACUGAUCGGCUUGUUCCAUUGCUCCGACACUUUAGGCAACAUCUGCUUGAGCUUGGAGUUUCUGUCAGGUUUGGAACAAGGGUAGAUGAUCUAAUAGUAGAGAACAAUUGUGUCGUGGGAGUUGAACUUUCUGAUUCUCGAAACCAGUUGCCACCAGAGAGAUUUGGAUGCGAUGCAGUGGUUCUUGCUGUGGGACAUUCUGCGAGGGAUGUCUACCAGAUGCUUCUUUCUCAUAAUGUUGAUCUAGUUCCCAAAGAUUUUGCGGUUGGUUUUCGGAUUGAGCAUCCUCAAGUGCUAAUCAACAACAUACAGUAUUCUAGCUUGGCCACUGAGGUGCAAAGUGGACGGGGCAAAGUACCUGUUGCUGAUUACAAGGUUGCAGGAGUUGUCAGCACAGAGAAUGGCGACAUUUCCUCAAAUUCAGUACCCUCGCCGCGCAGCUGCUAUUCGUUCUGCAUGUGUCCUGGUGGACAGGUGGUUCUUACCAGCACAAAUCCUAAGGAACUCUGCAUCAAUGGUAUGUCAUUUUCUCGUCGUGCUUCUAAGUGGGCAAAUGCUGCACUUGUUGUUAAUGUUUCGAAACAAGAUUUCGAGACCUUGAGCUUUCAUGGACCCCUUGCAGGAGUUGAGUUUCAGAGGGAAUUUGAGCGAAGAGCAGCUUUAAUGGGAGAGCAAGACUUUGUGGUGCCUGUGCAGAGAGUUACCGACUUUCUGGACAACAAGUUAUCUGGAACAUCUUUACCAUCAUCAAGCUAUCGGUUAGGAGUCAAGGAAGCCAAUCUCCAUGAGUUGUUUCCUUCUCAUAUUACACAAGCAUUGAAGCGUUCGAUCUCAAUGUUCAACCAAGAGUUACCAGGAUUCAUUUCGAUGGAAGCCCUUCUCCAUGGUGUAGAGACAAGAACCAGCUCUCCAGUACAGAUCCCUCGUGGGGACGAGUCCUAUGAGAGCCUAUCAUUAAAAGGGCUAUACCCUGUUGGUGAAGGGGCGGGGUAUGCAGGUGGAAUCGUAAGUGCAGCAGUUGACGGAAUGCAGGCUGGAUUUGCAGUGGCAAAGAACUUCGGUUUGUUCCCUGAAGACAUGGACUUGGUCUUGGGCAAAGCAGAACGAGCCGGGUUUGUAAAGUACUGAAAAGCCAGCCUGGAUUAACUGGAAACUUUAUACAUAGCUCAGUGCAAAUCGAAGAGACAUCGAAUUCUUACCUCCAAUCUGGUAGCUCACUGUGCAUUAAUAUUGGUCAGUAUGGUUCCUUUCCAUUCUGUCAGAAUUUAGUUUUGAUCAUUUGCUACUUUUGCCUGCAUUCGGGAAUCAAUCCUAUUUUGCUUUGCUUCCUUCUUUGCAGCCUGUUUAGAUCCAGACCAUGGCUGGAAAGACCACAACUCUGCCUUUUCUUCCCGCCUUUUUUUCUCAAAGACUUGCAGAGAAUUCAGGAUCCUUUCCAUAGCUGCUUUAAGAAAUCUCUUAUCUCCACUGAGGAAUCACUCCAGCUAUGCCAUGGAAUGGGUGAAAGACCAGAUCAACCAAAAUUUUCCUGGCAGCCUAGCUUUUCUUGGUCACUUCGUUACCCGAGUAAUUAGAGUCUGUAAGAGACCUUGAAGGUUUCAUCUUUCUCUACAGUAUUCGUGUCUGAAUCUCUGUACCGUGACACAUGCGAAUCAUAACGAUCUCUUAGCAUAGCGUUACAGAAAUGCCUCCUAUGAUCCAACAGGCAAGGUUCAAAUGUCUCACUUGAGAGCAGAAUGUUGCAGUUUGAAUCCAGUACAAGGGAAGUGCAGAUGCAAUGUUUCCAGACAAAUGCAGAAAUUAUUGAACAUGUCUUAUUGUGAUCAAAAUUUCUCUCUUCUUUUUUCCUGCCUCAGAUCCAUAAGUAACAAUUAUUGAAAUGUUGCAUGCAAUAUAUGUAACAUCCCGCACCUUUUCCUGACAAGAUACUGUCCGCUUUGGGCCUCUACACCCGCACGGAUUUCGACUUGGGGUGCAAUUCAAGGUGACUUCGCAUAAGGUCACCCAUCCUUGUUGUACUCCACACUGAGCCCGUUUAACUUCGGAGUUCUCACAAGAACUCUUCCAUUACACCCCAAAACGCGUCUUGUCAGUUAAGGUCGGUUUCCUACUUAUGAACCAUGGAUUUCUCCCGUGCUUUGUCGAUGUGGGAUUUGCCUAAGGUGUUACAUACACCCCCCCUUGGGACUCAACGCCCUCGUUGAGGUUUGCCCCACCAUCGUUCAAGAGGGACGCGGAGAGGCUCUGAUACCACUUGUAACACCCAUACUGAUGCAACCCAAAAAUGAGCUGGCAAAUUAAUACAAGGAAUGGAGUUGCAGUGUCGGUGCUCCCUCCUUCCACUGAAAUCAACCCCCUCUUGCUUCCAUAAGUAACUUAGUCUCUCAUCCAUAAACCAUCCUAUUUCCCAGUGCAUCUCUCGGCUGCUUCAUAUCACUACUGCUCCCUCAAAAUUCUCAUCUCGUACAUCCCUCACCAUCAACCUUGUCCAUCAUCGCAUCACACAAACCACCACCGAUCCGACCCUCCAAUCACCACAACUGUUAUACCACUCCUUGCUCUCGAUCCAAGUAGACGAACACCUGGAAACUACAACCAACGACACCACUCAAGUCGCCAACACGCACGCCGAAAACCACGUUAAAGUUGCCCGAUCCUUUUCCCCGUACGACGUCGCCACGACCCUAGUGCAUCAUCUCACAUCCACUAGGUAAUGAUCACGAAACCAUCUCGGUUCUAAAAUCAAAUCCAUCAAUAGCUAACCAACUCGACGGUUGUGAACCGUAGUCUUGAUGGCGACGACGAGGACGGAAAUCUACGGGUGAUAGAACAACGAUUGAAUCGAGGAAACAACGACUCUAGCGACUCAAAUCUAGAUCUGGGCACGCAUACGAGGUAAGAAAACCCAACUCCUCGCAUUAAAAUUUCAUGUUUAUGCGAGUAAUAUGAGCUUGUCCAAAUCUGGGAAUUUAGCGACAGUUUUACAGGUUUUUAGCAACGAACUCUUAGAGCUUUGGUAACUGCCGGUCUAACGGUUGCUAAAGAUACUGCAUAGUGUUUUUUUAUUCAUUGCAAGUAAAUCCACAUAGUUAUGCUUGUUUGCAGACAGAUCCUCAAAUUUUGUUAAAUGGUCGUUUUAUUCUCUAAAAUAUCAUAAUAUUGAAGUUAAACUAACUAGAGACUAUUUUAGUAGUAAUCAAGAUAAUUAGUAAUAAUAUUCCUUAGUUUUCGUUACCAGAAUAACAUGAUUAAUGUUAAUAGCACGUGAUGAAUGAAUUAAUAGGAUUAGCUAAUGGGUAAAUAAUUUGUUAUCUAGUUUGCUAAAUUGAUUAGUAGAAUCUGGAGUUAACCCACGUAGGUUAUUGUAGCACAAUUAGUUUCAAAUGAUUAAGAUUGAUUAAGAACUUAAAUAUUAUAUGUAAAGAAUUACGAUUCUAAUAUGUUAGAUUAAUUGGUACAUUAGUAUACCAUACCUUGCACAUCUUGCAAAGUAUUUUCAAGUCGAGAAAGUCAUCGCUAAGAACCCAAAACUCAACCAAUCUAAUUUCGAAUUUCACCAUAGGACCAAGAGGCAAAUCAACCAAGUCAAGGGCCCCAACCUUCACGUUGUAACUUCUUGAAUCAAUAAGGUGUGUGGUUUGAGGGGCUAGUUAGUAUUUCGCUUUAAUUUAUCUAAUUAUGUUAUUUAAUUAAGUUAUGCUCUAUAUGUAUGUCCACGGUAAGUGUAUUUAUGUUAGUAAGCAUGCCAUUGCAUUCCAUCAUGAAGUUAUGUUUUGAGCAAGAUUAUAGACUUACGUUCCAUGUUACCAAGUUAUCAAGUAAGAACAUGUUUUUAACUACUCACUCGACUAGUGCACGCGGCUACCCUACUUCCCGCCAGGUGGAAGUCAAGUUCAGGAUUAUGUUACUCUCCGCUAGGUGGAAGUUAACAUUCAUGUUAUAAUAGUGUACUUUCCGUCAGGUGGAAGUUACGCUCAGGAUCGUGUUACUUCCCGUCAGGUGGAAGUUACACCCAUGUUAUAUCUUCCCAUCAGGUGGAAGUUUACGUUUGGUGGCCGUUAGUGUGCUAGUGAGUCGAGUUCGGGGCCCCCUUUCACAACGAGUAAUAAGAAUACUAAAUUUAAGCAUGAAGCAUUGCAUGAGUAUAUUUAUUUAUUCCAGUGUUGUUAUUAAGAUUUUUCAACAUUAAAGCGAAACUAGGAUUAGGACUGACCCCAACGCCCGCACUCAGGAGCUGCAGGAAACCAGGAGCACCCAGAUCAAUCGCAGGGACAUAGCUGUUGCCCAAGAUGUCAUCACAAGGGUUAGUGGCCCGAAGAGCUUCCAGCGGAACUUAUUUAAGUUUAUGCAUUGUUGGUGGACUUGAGACUUAAUGAGGAUUAUGUUUGAAUACUAUUUUAAGAUGGAUUUUUCCUUGUAUUUUGGAAUGAUGUUUAUGGGACUUUUAUGCAUUUAUUAUUCGACUAAUAACAAGGGUAUUUUGGUAAAAUUAGUCACCGACCGGUCUAGGGUGUUACAAUAUAUAUUGAAUUGUUUUCUAAUUUCCUCUAGGGCAGUCAAGGGAGGAAGAUUUGGGGCAAAGAUCAGCAGGAGCAUAUCUUCUUGGGGCAAAAUUAUAAAAAAAAUUUAAUAUAUUCUAAAAAAAAAAAAAAUAGCAAGAGCAUGGAAUAACUUUUGGACAUGGGCUUGACCACAAUCAUUGAUUUGCACAUGCCCUCAAUUUUAUCUUCUAAUAAUUGGGGGAAGAAAUGAUGUUGGGUUUUUGUUCUUUUAUCUUAUUAUUAUAAUAACUAAGCUUAAAACAGUUUAAAAGAUGUGUUAUCAUUUUUCUCUCUCUAUUUGGUAAGUUCACUUUUAUUCUAUGAAAUGGUGUAUCUAAUUAAAUCAAAUGUGCUUUAAGUUUGAAGACAUUAUGUUAUGUAUUGUUUUUAAAUCAACUUUUGAAUGUAAUUUUUGUUAGAUUUCGAAAUAUCACUUAAGGUAGGUGAGAUUUCGUUUCAAUGUUGUCAUUUUUUUUUAACAAAAUCCAUCGCCAUUAGGUGGUUAAUCCCAACUUAGCUCGAUAUUUGAUAUCUUUUCCUUCCAAGGUAAAAUAUAUAAGUAUUCAAUGAUACGAGAUAGAUUCAAUUUGUGUAACCAUAACAAAAAUGUCUUUAACUAUUUAUCUUGUUUGGGCAUUUCGAAAAGAUAAUGGUAUAUUUCUAUAAACACGGAGUAGUAUGUUAGCCAUCAAGCUCAUGAGUCAUGACGCUUUGGUAGGAUAAAUUUCUCCAACACCAAUGAAGGUUAUAACUUAUAAGAGGAGAUGGUUCAAGGUAAUACAAUUGAAGCAACGAUGCUAGGUGUUUUUCUCUCCUGGUGAUAACCCAAAAUGAUUGAGUUGUCAUCCGUAACGCUAAUGAGUAUCUUAUCACUCCUCCCAUCACUGAGUUUCUCGUCAUGAUACAACUAGAGUUGACCGUAUAAUGACACUACAGUCUCUAUCCUAUUCAUCGUUGGUUCGUUAACCAACCAACUUCAUAUAUGAUCCUUUACUCGGUGAAGAUGAUCGGGGUUUCCUACUCACGUAUGCGAUGUGCAUGAUUGUACUUUUGUUCCGUUAGUGGAAUCGAGAGCAAAGAUAUGAACUUUCCAUCAUACACGCGACACGUAAGCCAUAUAAAAGCACACUUAACUAGCUAUAAGCACGACACAAUACAAAUUGUAAUUAAUU